GGCGGUUAUAAAUGAGAGCAGGAGGCGAGAGGUAACGGGAGAGUGAGGAAUUAGGUGGUUGGAAAAUAAAGCAUCGCAUUGAUACUGCAAGGGAUCAAAAUGAGGCUGAAAUGGGAUUAUUUUUUUCUCGGACUUUUGCUCAUAAUAGCAGCUGUCUGGGCUGAAGAUGAUGAUGAUGAACCAGAAUUGGAUGUCUUGGAGAUGGAAGAAACAAAUACUGAGAGUAAAUCUACAAUUCAGGUAUCCUACAAGACACCUGUGCCAAGCGACGAGGUAUAUUUUGCUGACACAUUUGAUCGAGGAAAUUUGGAUGGGUGGGUUUUCUCCGCAACAAAGAAAGAUGAUGCAGAUGAAGAUAUUGCAAAAUAUGAUGGAAAAUGGGCAGUAGAGGAGUUGAUGGAAAACAAAGUGCCUGGAGACAAAAGUUUAGUGUUGAAGUCCAAAGCAAAGCAUCACGCAAUUUCGGCUCCACUGAAGAAGCCUUUUAUGUUCAAUGGUGAACCUUUAAUUGUCCAGUAUGAAGUAAACUUCCAAAAUGGUAUUGAAUGUGGUGGGGCUUAUCUAAAGUUGCUUUCUCAUACUGAAGACCUGAAGUUAGAAGAAUUCUUUGACAAAACUCCAUACACUAUAAUGUUUGGACCAGACAAAUGUGGAGAAGACUACAAAUUACACUUCAUUUUUAGACACAAGAACCCAAUAACUGGAGAGUAUGAAGAAAAGCAUGCUAAACGCCCUGAUGUAGAUCUAAAGAAGUUCUACACAGACAAGAUCACACAUCUAUAUACUUUAGUGCUGAAUCCAGAUAACACCUUUGAGAUGUUAAUUGACCAAACUGUUGUUAGCAAGGGAAAUUUGCUGGAGGACAUGACUCCACCUAUUAAUCCUCCUAAAGAAAUAGAUGACCCUGAUGAUAGGAAGCCUGAAGACUGGGAUGAAAACCCAAAGAUUCCUGAUCCUGAUGCACACAAGCCUGAAGACGGGGAUGAAGAUGCACCAGCAAAGAUAAUUGAUCCAAAUGCUGUUAAACCGGAGGGAUGGCUUCAUGAUGAAGCAGAAUACAUCUCUGAUCCCAGUGCAGAGAAACCAGAGGACUGGGAUGAAGAAAUGGAUGGUGAGUGGGAAGCUCCUCAGAUUCCUAAUCCAAAGUGUGAAACAGCACCUGGAUGUGGAGUUUGGGAACCACCCAUGAUGAGCAAAUCCACUAACAAAGGGAAAUGGAAGCCACCGAUGAUUGACAAUCCCAACUACCAGGGCAUGUGGACUCCAAGGAAGAUUCAAAAUCCUAAUUAUUUUGAGGAUUUACAACCUUACAAGAUGACUCCAAUCAUUGCUAUUGGUCUCGAACUCUGGUCCAUGACUUCUGACAUCUUAUUUGACAACUUUAUCAUUUGUGCUGAGAGGAAAGUGUCUGACCAGUGGGCAGCUGAUGGAUGGGGACUAAAGAAAAUGGUGGCUACUGCAAAUGAGCCUGGUGUGUUGGGUCAGUUGACAACUGCUGCAGAGGAGCGUCCAUGGCUUUGGAUUAUUUACAUCCUGACAGCUGUUUUGCCUUUGGGGCUAAUUGUGUUGUUCUGCUGGCCAAACAAGAAACCAGACUCUGCAGCUGAGUACAAGAAGACUGAUGCUGUGCAGCCUGAUGUUGGAGAAGAACAGGAGGAGGAUGAGCAGGAAGAAGUGAUGGAUGAGAAAAAAGAAUGUAAUAAUCUCACAAAAGAAGCAGAAGAUGGGAAAGCAAGUGGAGAUGAAAAUAUUGGAGAAGGCAGCCAAGAAGAUGAGGAGGAUGAAGAGGGCAAAAAAUCAAAAUCUGCCUCAGAGGAUGAGAUGAAAGAAGCUGAUGAAGGUGCUGGCUCAGGUGACUGUCCCACAAAACUGAGCCGUAAGAAAAAACUGAGGAAAGAAUAAAUGCUUUAGUACUCUUGGAACAGAGGCAUUCUCACUUUCCAGGUGGGCAUACCACCCUCUGUACUUCCUGAACGCAUGCAGAUCUACUUGGCUGGGUGAUAAAUCAGCCUGGUAGAAGUACCUAUCUAAUCCUAGUCUCCAUACUAUUAUCUUCCCUGCUUCAUUUACAAACCUCUUAGUCUUCCUGGCAAGAAACAAAAAUGCUCUGAAGAUAUUAUUGAUUUUUGACUUUGAGUAUCAGAAUGUGGCCUAACACCAAAUGACCAGUUAUGAGAGCAUAUUCUGGUAUCGUAAAGUUGUAGCAAGUAUUUGAUAACUUUUGUGAAAAGUGUUAACCAGGGUAAAAUUACAAAUAUUAUAAAAUAAAAAGUAGUUACAGUUAUAUGGUAACAUUUGUAUUGAAAGGGGAGAAGCAUUGACAUUUUAUGGCUGGUAUUUGAUGUUGUUCAUUUCAUGUUUUCACCCUAUUAUGGGGAGGAUAAAUUAGUAUGAACGUAAUUCCAAUGUACAUACUGUAUAUGAAUUCAUGUGAUGCAGCUCUUGGCACAACUCAGUUUUAUCUUUAGUGCCAAUGUUCUCUUCCCUAAAUAGGUCUCCUAUGGAUUGUAUUGUUGUAGCAAAACAAAAGAUGCACUGAAUUUUUUUGUACAUAUGAAUUGUUCAGGUACACACAAGGGUGUUUUGCUUUACUACUUUCCCCUGCCCCCUGCCCUGACACUUCUAUGUAGUACAAAUAGCUGUGUUGCAUUUUAUCUUUACCACUAACUUAAAACAUCUCAUGAUCUGCACUCAUUAUCAACUUAGCUGUGAAAAGUUCUUUUCCCCAGUUUUUUUUGUGUGCAUGUGUAUUUUGGUAAAUAAUUUGUAAUACAGUGCAGUGACAUUCUUAAACCAUCUUCUGUCUGAGUUUCAAUUUUAUGAAUACAGAUGUUUGAUUUAACAAACCAAAUGGCUGCAGUUCAGGAGAUGAAUGGUGUGGAGUGUAUUGAAUUUUCUGGAGUUUUAUAGUUUUAAUGUUACUCUGGGUUAGCAUAAUCCUUGUUUACACUGAUGUUUGCAAAUGUACAAUUGCUCUUUGAAAUAAAUAUUUAAUAUAAUGGC